UUACAUCCCAGUGCAAACGUCGGAAUCACCAGGCGUACAAUCUGGUCAAGAAGAACCGACCGCAUCCGCGGAAUCUUCUGACGCAACUGACUUUAUUUUGGCUUCAUCAGUUGCGAUGACCGGACAAGCAGCUUCGAACUACAGCAUGAUGGGGACGUCCGAGUCUCCGCACAUGGAAUCAAGUCCAGAAAUACAGUCAACAUCCGCGGAGCUUUCUGACUUAAACGACUUUAUUCCAGCGUCUUCAGUCGAGAUAACUGGACAGACGGCUUCGAGCUACAGCCCAGUGAAAACGUAUGAGUCUCCAGCCGUCGAUGUGAGUGCUGAAGAAACGUCAGCAUCGGUGGAAGAUGUUGACGUAACUGACUUUGUUCCGGCUUCUUCAGUUGACAUGACAGGGCAGGCGGCUGCAAAUUACAGCGCAGUAUACACCUCAAGGUCGCCAGAUAUGGAAGCGAGCUCCGAAGAAUUGGAACCUUCUGGCGCAACCGACUUUAUCGGAGCGUCUUCGGCUGAGAUGACGGAAAACAGGACAUCGUAUCACACAGCCGUGGGGACGUCGGAGUCACCGGACAUGGAUUGGAGCCAAAAACAAACGUCACCAUCCAUGCAAUCUGAUGAAGUGACUGACUUAAUCCCGGCUUCCUCAGUUGAGAUGGCAGCGCAGACGGCUUCGCAUUACAACGUAGUAGAGACAUCACAGUCGGCAAGCAUUGAAGCGAGCCCCGAGGAAAUGACAGCGUCCGUCGAAACAUAUAACGCAACUGACGUUAUCCCGUGCGCUUCUCGCCAAGUCACCGACGUCACUGGUCCGGUCAAACCUGUGGUGCCAUCUGUGCGUCCGAAGAAUGUCAUGGCACUCUUCGCUAAUCUGAACCCUUAUGACAGUGGCCCCUAA